AACAACUUGAUGCAAGGUCACUCAACUGCUACGGCGCGCACGAACCACAGUCACUUGGAUAAUUGGACAUAAGCGCACUGAAAACACGAACAACUGUUAAAGAGCUGUUAUUAUCUUUACAUCGACGGACUUCACAUUUGUUUGCGUGAGAAAGAAAUGAAAAAUGUCACUCGUUCUUUGUGGAUUUUCCUACUUUGUGCAGUUGCGCUCAUUGCGUCGGGAGUGGAAGGCAACGAACAAUUCAAAGGUAAGAAUAUGAAAUCCUUAUCAGACUAUUUAAUUGACACUUUUUAACAGCAUAGCCCAGGGUUUCCCAAACUCGCUCCUCGGACCCCAAGGGGUGCACGUUUUGGUUUUUGCCCUAACACUACACAGCUGAUUCAAAUAAUCAACUAGUCAUCAAGCUUUGAUAAUUUGAAUCGGCUGUGUAGUGUUGGGGCAAAACCAAAACGUGCACCCCUUGGGGUCCCGAGGUCCAAGUUUGUGGAAUUCGGUAAACCUAGAUUUUAAAUAUUAGGCUAUCCACUACCUCUGUAGCUCAAUUGGUAGAGCAUGGCGCUUGUAACGCCAGGGUAGUGGGUUCGAUCCCCGGGACCACCCAUAAGUUAAAAAAUGUAUGCACGCAUGACUGUAAGUCGCUUUGUUUAAAGCGUCUGCUAAAUGGCAUAUUAUUAUUAUUAUUACUAGAAUGAGUCAAUAUCCUACACACCAUGAGGAAGGUGUCAUUCAGACAAGAAGCAGGUUCAAUGGAAAGUACCCAACAUCUAUCCAGAGUUACAUUUACAUUUUAGUCAUUUAGCAGACGCUCUUAUCCAGAGCGACUUACAGUCGUGGGAAACGAACCCACAACCCUGGCGUUGCAAGCGCCAUGCUCUACCAACUGAGCUACAGGGGACUAAGUUAAUUUUCAAUUUAACCAAUUGGCACGGGUUGUCUGGGUUUUAAUUGCAUUGAUUGUACAACGAGGAACAAGUGAGAUAAUGGAGACUGGGAAGAGCGGGAAUGGAUUUUAAUGUGAGAUACGUGUCCUUGGGAAGUGCUCGCGAUGUGGCGUAAAACCCGGACAAGACGUCCCAUCUUGUGGUUCCUAUUUGGAAUUGAGAUUUUCCGAUGACUCCGCGUUUUACCGAGAACCGCAGGGCCCCGCGGACUAUUGACAUGUUAGCUAUACAAGUCUGUAAUCAAUCAAAAUGGAACAUUGCAUUUCGACCAUCUUUAAAAGUUUGUUUUUCCUAGCUGAAAGCAGUUUUGUGACGUCCACUGUGUCCUGUUCCCAAGAAUAAUUAAUAGUCUGGCAGUCACAACAAGUUAUCUAAAUAUUGUUAAUGCAAUUUCUAAUUUACUCUAUCCUGAAUACAGCAUUUGCCUUGUUGAGACGCAGACCAUCAUCUUUUUGUCUAGUUUUACUCUGCCGGUAUCUCGCGUGGCAGUAAGAGCACAUGGCGAUAGGAAUAAAAGAAAGUGCGGGGGAGUUCUGGAGUGCGGAGCUUGCCGUGUAGGAGGCAGCUGGGUGUCUGUGCACGCCACCUGAUACCUACAGCACAUUCCUACACUUUAUACACGGUCUGUACUAUAGUAACAGGUGAACUCAGGAAGUUCACAAAGGAUUGCCAAAGGCUGCUUUUCAGUAACUACUCUCAAUUACACUCAAGUCUUGGAACCUUUAGGUUUAGAUUUUAGGCUGAGGAUGGGGUCUAGAAACGUUAGAUUGGCCACUUUCAUUGGCGUGAUGGACGAACUAACUAAUUCCUGCCGUUGGCCAGUCCAGUGUUGUGAUUGGCUAUUAGGAGUGUUCUGUUUGCGAUGCGCUGCAGAGAAGUCUGUUUAGCUUGCUGGCCGGGUUGAGCAGUACGACUGGGGAAACCAGCAGCUUGAUAACCAAAUGAAAUGCAUUGUAAUUGGUAUUUAUUUAUUAUUAUUUAUUUAUUUUUAGUCAUUUAGCAGACGCUCUUAUCCAGAGCGACUUACAGGAGCAAUUAGGGUUAAGUGCCUUGCUCAAGGGCACAUCGACAGAUUUUCCACCUAGUCAGCUCGGGGAUUAGAACCAGCGACCUUUCGGUUACUGGCACAACGCUCUAUAGUAUACCUUGAGGGGAAUCUACGCGCUAAACUUAGCUAGCCCAUUACUGGUUAACCAGGCACAAAUGGGAGAAUCCGCUACCUGCUGCUGUUCAUUCAGUAUGUAACGAGACCCCAAUAAUAGAAUGUAAACUGACGUAUGAUAAACCAGCUGAACUCAGGUUAACGUGUCAGAAUUAGCUUUAUUCGCCGAAUACAUUUGCACGUACAGGAAUUUGACUGUGAAAUGGUGCUGCUACAAACAGAAUAUAUAGACAAAAAAUUAAAUAGGUAGGUAGGUAGGUAGGUAGGUAGGUAGGUAGAUAGAUGCAGAAUUUCCACAGAUCCAGAUAUAGUAUGAACGCUAGAAGCUGCAGGUAGCCUAGUGGUUAAUAGCGUUGCCCCAGUAACCUAAAGGUUGCUGGUUCGAAUCCCGAGCCGACUGGAAAAACCCGUGUGCCCUUGAAUGAAGCACUUUACCCUAAUUGCACCUGUAAGUCGCUCUGGGUAAGCGUGUCUGCUAAAUGACUAAAAUGUAAACAAAUAAGCUAAAAUUAUGCAUUUUUAAGAGAUGUGCAGUUUUGGGAUGAUGGUGCAGGGUGAGUAGUGCAGAGUCCAUGGAUGAGAGGACCAGUUGGACUGUUGAUGAGUGUCAUGGCACGGGGGAAGAAACUAUUCCGGUGGCAGGAGGUUUUUGGUCGCGAUUGACCUGAACUGUUUGCCGGAGGGGAAUCUUUGGUGUAAGGGGUUGGUGAUUAGCUUUACUGCACGCUCCUUUGCCCUGGAGUCGUGCAGGUCCUCCUUUGCCCUGGAGUCGUGCAGGUCCUCCUUUGCCCUGGAGUCGUGCAGGUCCUCCUUUGCCCUGGAGUCGUGCAGGUCCUCCUUUGCCCUGGAGUCGUGCAGGUCCUCCUUUGCCCUGGAGUCGUGCAGGUCCUCCAAUAGAUGGCAGUCCAUGGCCCUCAGCAGACCAGACAAUCCAUUUGGAGGAUGGACUCGAUGAUGGUGGUUUAGAACUGAAUCAGGACAUAGUCACCAAACAUUGGAAAAGUUUAUCUUUUUAAAAAAAUUUUACACUAAUUGUCUGAUUGGGAACUACCAUCGUCUAUUACGUGUUACAUUUUAGUCAUUUAGCAGACGCUCUUAUCCAGAGCGACUUACAGUUAGUGAGUGCAUACAUUUUCAUACUGGCCCCCCCCCCCCCCCCUGUGGGGAUCGAACCCACAACCCUGGCGUUGCAAACGCCAUGCUCUACCAAUUAUAGAAUGGCACAUUGUAUUUAUAUUUGACAUUGGACGUUUUUAUUGAAUAGUCAGUAACAGAGGAGUCAUCGGAUGUUAUCAGCAAGCCAGAACCAUCUGUGGAAAGGGCACUAGUAGAACAAGGAUAUGAGCGCAAACGGAAUAAUUGUCUUUCAACAUCAGAUUCCACCUAAAACAAUGACAUUGAGCCCUGUCUCAAUUAAUCUCUGCUCAACUCCUCACUCCCCUCGCGUCGUUCUCAAAACCCACUGGAGGAGGUUGUAGGCGAGGAACUUUGGGUCGUCUCCUUCAAAGGGGUUUUAGGAGGCGUGAUGGUCAGUCCUUGCAUCCAUGGCUCUGUCUAUGAAUUUUGAGUGGUUCCAUUUCUCCAGCCCCCGUCCCUCAGCUUCUUACGAAACGGGUGAGGAGAACGCUUUGUUGUUGUUUAAACUAGAUGAUUGCCCCUUUUAAGAAACACAUAAAUGAGCAUAAGUCUGUUUUUAGCAUAUAUGACUGUUUGGAGUGCGGUGCCAUACCUUUUUAGCUCCCAGGUGCAGCAUAGCUGACACUAAAGUUGGGGCAGAUGUCUUGACCACCCUCUGGCUGUUCUCCAGACAGAUGUCUUGACCACCCUCUGGCUGUUCUCCAGACAGAUGUCUUGACCACCCUCUGGCUGUUCUCCAGACAGAUGUCUUGACCCCCCUCUGGCUGUUCUCUAGACAGCAGUAGCGCUGGAAGGUGUCCCAGGCACUUUGUGGCCACGUCACCUCCCUCAGAACCAGUGAAGAUCUCCAGGUUUUUAGUCAGGCAUCUGCAUAAUCUAUAGCGAGGGCAGAACAAUACGGGAGAUUUAAUUAAAUUUAGCACGCAGUCGAAGUCCCAAAUUAAAAUCCUUGUACAAUCUGUAGACCUUGCUAAACAAAAGUAUGGCGCUGGAAUUUGAGGAAGGUGGCGCGACACAGAUGUGCGGAGUUGUGAGGCAUAACAUGAGUUGGUGACUCACUGGUCCAAACUUGAGGUCCUCUGCCUCGUUGGUGUAGUGGUCCAGGGUGAUGAAGUAGAAGCCUGACUCCACCUGGUCAAAUGUGUUCUCUUUACACUGAACUGUCUCCUGAGAUCAACUGGAGUGAGAGAGGAAAAUGCAUUCAAUUUGAGUUUAAAUGUUUUAACAUUUUUUUUUUUUACCUUUAUUUAACUAGGCAAGUCAGUUAAGAACAAAUUCUUAUUUAUAAUGACGGCGUACACCGGCCAAACCCGGAUGACGCUGGGCCAAUUGUGCGCCGCCCUAUGGGACUCUCAAUCACGGCCGGUUGUGAUACAGCCUGGAAUCGAACCAGGGGGUCUGUAGUGACGCCUCAAGCACUGAGAUGCAGUGCCUUAGACCACUGCGCCACUCGGGAGCCCUUAAUGUUGCGUUCGAGGUAGCAGUCCAUUUUAAGACUGCUGUAUCAAGAGGAAACUAUGGUUAAUAAUUUAGCCAAAUAAGUGAUAAGAUGUGGGGCAAUUCCAUGGUAAGAGUGACGCUGACACUCGGAUGCGCAGGAGCUAUCCUCCUAUAAGUUCAUCACUUCCACCCUUACCUACACUACUCAUAUUGUUUAGCAAUGCCCAUCACAUACCUUCAGUAUAGAACCAUCUUUCUAACCAAUAGACCGCAGCUUUGGUUAGUUAGCUAACAUUAGCUAGCUAGCUGAGGUUCACCUAGCUUGCCUGCUUUAAUAAAAGACCAAAUAACUGCCUACUUAAAUUUCUAUAUUGAAAUCCUAGUUGAUUAGUUAGUUUUUCAGUGGAGAAACUAGCGAACCAUCGAACUUACCUCCUUUUUUAUUUCUGAGUCUUGACAUGUAGUAAGUAUUUCUUCAGGCAAACAAUUCUCUGCUCUUUUUAAUUAAUUUACUGCGUGUGAAAACGCAGUUCUGCUCAGUCACACUCCUAAGCGCUCAAGUUUAAUUUGCGCGCAGCCUCGCUGGCCUGUAUUUGCGGAACCUGUUCUCUGCUCGCUCGAUCACAUUUCUUCUUUCUCGACUCAAGCGUUUGCUCGCUCGCGCAAUGAUGUUUUAAUCUUGCUCGUGCGCGCCAUCUAGUGCGGAUAUGACAGUAAUCGUCCUAAAACGCAAUAUUCCUACUAGUCAUUUCCUAGACUAAUGCGAAACUGCAGCAAAUUAUUUUGAGACUAAAUAAUGAGGUUCCUUGAACACGGCUAUAGUGAGUCUCUUCAACAUGGCUCAUAAGCACGAGACACUGGUGGAGCCGCCCUCCUCACCAAAGAAAACAAAUGUGAGAUCUGCUAGGGAUUAUUUUUCCACUGAAUUCAACCAGUCUGCAAGGCAGAUAAAAAGCGCGAUCCUCAAACGCUGGCAAAUUCUCCAGAGUGACGCCUCGCUCAGACUUUUUUGCGUCUAACCCUCCCCUGGUAUGCUUUAGGAGGGGGGGGUCGCAAUAUCAGAGAGAUCGCGUUGUGCAGUGUGUUCCCGAAUCCGGCACCUUCCCCCUCUACCUGGCUCCCAGGUCCCCCUAAUGGCUUCUACCCCUGCAGACAUUGUACACAUUGUUCCAACUCAAGUGACACAAGUAUUCAAUCACCCAUGUUCGGGUGAAGAAUAAAAUACUUUAUAAAUUGUAGUACAACACAUGUUUACACGCUCUAAUGCCCAUGUGGGCUUGUUUACGUUGUUCAGUAGAAACGCUCCCUCAGAUUAAGAAGAGUGGCUAUGCGGUCGCGCGGCGUUAUGUGAAUGUCAAUCGUGGCUCAGCCUCUACCUUGAAAUUCCGGGGAAUAGACGAUGUUUCUUUCCUGCAGAGGUGGCAAUUUAUUGACAAUUGUUAGAAGCACUUUGGAUCGACUGCUUAGAUUGCGUCGAGCCAAAGGGUCUGAAUGAACAGCUCAUAUUUGUAAAUACCUUUUUCUUUGUUUAUUUCUGCAUAGCCAGAAGAGGACUGGCCACCCCCCCAGAGCCUGGUUCCUCUCUAGGUUUCUUCCUAGGUUCUUGCCUUUCUAGGGAGUUUUUCUUAGCCACCAUGCUUCUACGUCUGCAUUGCUUGCUGUUUUAGGCUGGGUUUCUGUAUAGCACUUUGACAUCUGCUGAUAUAAAAAGAGCUUUAUGAAUAAAUGUGAUUAUUCAAGUGGAAUGUGUGUAGGAAUCUUGCAUGAUCAUCAGACUUUUUUUUUUUUUUCAUGCACCUAGAGAUGUUGCGCAUCCUAAUGCUCUCUCGCUGUCUCUCUCCUAGAUGAGGCGUUUCAAGUGCUAUACGGUGACGAGGCGCUCCAUGACAGGAUCACAUACAACAUGAGGAAGAGCCUGGAUCUAGACGUGGACGGCUGCAUCCUGCUGCCUGGUGAGAAGAGGAGUCUGCAGGAGUGUGGCUUCAACGUCACAGCCAAGACCUUCUUCAUCAUCCACGGUUGGACGGUAAACAGAAGAACACACUCCUUAUCCCCUCUCCCUCAUAGACAGCCCUCCAUUCCCUUUGUCACACAGUUUGCUUCAGUGAGCCUUUUGAUGUCUGUUAGGGAGGGGGUUGCUCUUCUCCAAAGGGUUUUGUAUGAUUGUCAGAGGUUUAUGUGCGACGGGUUAGCGGGCCCAAGGGCAGAGUGUUAGGAGUGUGAAAGUUUGAGGAUCGCUGACUUGCUCUCUCCUCUACAGAUGAGUGGGAUGUUUGAGAGUUGGAUGCGGAAGCUGGUGGCGGCCAUGAUGCAGCGAGAGCCGGAGGCCAACGUGGUCAUCGUUGAUUGGCUGCCCAUGGCCCACCAGCUCUACCCCGACGCUGUCAACCACACCCACCAAGUCGGCCUCAGUGUCGCCACCACCAUCAACUGGCUCCAGGUGUGUGUGAUUGGAUUGAUUUGAUUGUUCGGCGGUGUCCUACGCUGUCGAGUUGGUGAGCAGGGCUGUUGAAUACAUUGAUCUCUAAGCUUACGCGUACUGAGAGCGUUCAUGGGACACUAAGGGGUGACGUGUUUCUCUCUUAGGGACAUUUUAUCUGAAUGAUUAAUGUGCGACAGUACAGGGGCCUCGUUUUCUAGUUUCGACGUAACUUAAGCAUUACGAUGAUCGUACCAGUUGCAUCAUUAUUUACGAGGCAACUUUUUAAAGUGUUUUUCCCGAACAAGCACGUAGAGAGACUGUUCGCUAAGUGCGUCGUUAGAACACGUCUCGAAACUGAUCAAAAGAAAAGCUGCUCUCGGAUCAGCCUUCUCCACUCAAAUCUUACCUUAACAUUAUAAUUAUUCCACAAUACUGACUACGGAUCAGCUCCUAGAGAGAAAUGCAAAUAUUGAGGUGGCUUAUUAUGCUUACCCAAUAAUAAUAAUGCACUAAAUCAUAGAUUGGGCACAUCUUGGUACACAUCAUGAAAUGUAUUGAGGCUGAAACGAGACCAUAGCCGAGUGGCUCCUUAAUGCAGUCAUCUGUUGUUCAAUUUGAAGCAUCAUUUGUAUCUUUCACAUGUUUGUAACAAUUGCAAAUACUUUGGCAACUUGGUAUUUUGUAGUCAACUUGGUUCUGAAGUUAUCGGCGGUCAGAUGGAUGCCUAGCCUAAACAUCUUGAUUCUAUGUUUAGCGGAGAUCUUCUGUGAAUAAAGGGACGUGGAAGAGCAAAAGAAUCUGACGAUGCACUUUGGCUGACCUACGAGUGGUCUAGAUCAAAGUUCUGGGAAACAGAUUGGCUACUAAAGAUGGUUCUAAUGAUCUUAACGCUACAAAGGCUCUGGGGAAACUAGGCCCAGGACUGUCUCCAGUAGUUUAGCGAGCGGAGAUGGAUCCAGGGCUCAUAGAGGACAGCUGAGUAUCCCGACACCCUUCCAGUCCAGCCAGCUGACUACAGUAGUAGUGAUGUGCAGGAUUUGCUGUCUGGGAAGUUUCCCUUAUGAACAGAACAGCUGGCAAUGUUUUCAGGUGUGGGCGGGAACUCUGGUAUCUAGUCUAUUCAGAUGGAUGAUUUGAGGGGAAAGUAGGCCAUUUAACAGUAUUGGGCUGCAUCCUAUGUCUCAUUCAGGCCAGGCUUGCAGGCUCUGUCCCCCUAACAGGCGAGGACACGCAAGCCCAGGUUCACGCUGUGGGUAGUGGCGUAGACAGACUGCCUUCAGAGACAAGCAGAAGGUGGAAGUGCAUAUUCUGCCGUCAUUAUCUCCACUAGGAUUGGCUGGUGCCCAGGGAACUAUUGGCUGAGGGCCAAGUCUUGUUGUGUGUGGCAGCAGCUGAUGUGGGUUGUCUUGUAUCCGAUAGGAGGAACAGCAGCUGCCCCUGCAGAAUGUGCACCUGAUUGGCUACAGCUUGGGGGCCCACGUGGCGGGCCAUGCCGGAACGUCUGUGCGAGGGACUGUCGGCAGAAUCACGGGUAAGUGGCAGGAGGGUUAUAUGACAUCAUUCACUGUUGCUCCUCAAGACUCUGAAAAGGCAAACGGUCUGAACCUUUGGAAUGGUGCCAAUCCCCUUUAAAUCAAACUCCAUAUAGUCAAAUAUUAAACCAGCACCGCCUUAGCAUCGACAUGUCUUUAUGGAGGAAUGGAUGUGUUAAGACGUGACUAUAGUCACGGUGGAUUGACUGCAGGUGGCUGUAAGCCUAUAGAUCUUCAACACACUCCUCUCUUGUCCACCAAAUGAGACGUUCCUGUUUCUCCCAUCUCUCCUAUAGGUCUAGACCCGGCAGGGCCCAUGUUUGAGGGGGUGGGGGAUGAUAAGCGCCUCUCAUCGGGCGACGCGGACUUUGUGGACAUCCUGCAUACGUACACGCGUGAGGCGCUGGGUGUGAGCAUCGGGAUCCAGCAGCCCAUCGGAGACGUCGACAUCUACCCCAACGGCGGAGACGUGCAACCAGGCUGCGCCCUGAGUGAGGUGCUGACCAGUGCCACUGGAGGAAGUGAGUACCCACACAUAGGAGUGAGAUACAGGAAGAAGUCACUGCGGGUGUCCCAAUAUGUCCUUUUCUCCUGGUGUGUCCUCACCAGUCUAAAAUCAUUGGAUUGGUAUAGGCUGGAGGGAGUUUCCAUAUACCAGUCAUUGCCUUUCAAAUCCAUGAAGGGAAGUGAACAAGUGCACACUUUGGGAGAAAGGAGAGAUUAUUGGGACUGGUCUAUUCUGCUGUUUUCCUUUGGCUAGAUGGGAGUUGUCUGUAGGCUGCUUGUCAUGUGGUUAGUUAGCUGUUCCCCUGUUGCUUACAACUCUUUCCUCCUCAGGCUUCAUGGAUGUGAUUAAGUGUGAGCACGAGCGGUCUGUGCUCCUGUUUGUGGACUCCCUGAUGAGCAACGAGUACAUGAGCCUUGCCUACCAGUGCACCGACCCCGAACGCUUCAAGAAGGGCAUCUGCCUGAGCUGCCGUAAGAAUCGCUGCAACAACAUUGGUUACAACACCAAGAAGAUGAGGAAGCGGCGCAACUGCAAGAUGUACCUGAAGACCCGUGCUGCCAACACCUUUCGGAGGUGAGCUGGGGUUAGCUGGUCAACUUAAUGCAUUUCAAAUGUUUGACAUUGGGCAGAGAAAUGUUAAAGAGCCCUUUGGACCUAUACUUGACCCUCCGGUAUCGCUUGCUAGCAGAGAGGACAGUAUGACUAGGGUGGCUGGAGUCUUUGGCAAUUUUUAGGGCCUUCCUCUGACACCGCCUGGUAUAGAGGUCAUGGAUGGCAGGAAGCUUGGCCCCAGUGAUGUACUGGGCUGUACGCACUACCCUCUGUAGCGCCUUGCGGUCGGAGGUCAAGCAGUUUCCAUAACAGGGGGUGACGCAACCAGUCAGGAUGCUCUUUGGUGCAGCUGUAUAACUUUUUGAGGAUCUGAGGACCCAUGCCAAAUCUUUUCAGUCUCCUGAGGGGGAGUAGGUGUUGUCGUGCCCUCGUCACAACUGUUUUGGACCAUGAUAGUUUGGUGAUGUGGACACCAAGGAACUUGAAGCUCUCAACCUGCUCCACUACAGCCUCGUCAAUUUAGAAUGGGGCCAUGCUUGGCCCUCCUUUUCCUGUAGUCCACGAUCAUCUCCUUUGUCUUGGUCACAUUGAGGGAGAGGUUGUUGUCCUGGCACCACACUGCCAGGUCUCUGACCUCCUCCCAAUAUACUGUCUCAUCGUUGUCAGUGGUCAGGCCUACCACUGUUGUGUUGUCGGCUAACUUAAUGAUGGUGUUGGAGUCGUGCCUGGCCACGCAGUCGUGGGUGAGCAGGGAGUACAGGAGGGGACUGAGCACGCACCCCUGAGGGGCCCCAGUGUUGAGGAUCAGCGUGGCAGACGUGUUGUUACCUACCCUUACCACCUGGGGGCGGCCUGUCAGGAAGUCCAGGAUCCAGUUGCAGAGGGAGGUGUUUAGUCCAAGGGUCCUUAGCGAUGCGCUUUGUGGGCACUAUGGUGUUGAAUGCUGAGCUGUAGUCAAUGACCAGCAUUCUCAUGUAGGUGUUCCUUUUGUCCAGGUGAGAAGGGGCUGUGUGGAGUGCAAUCGAGAUUGAGUCAUCUGUUGGGGCGAAUUGGAGUGGGUCUAGGGUUUCUGGGAUGGUGUUGAUGUGAGCCAUGACCAGCCUUUCAAAGCGCUUCAUGGCUACAGAAGUGAGUGCUACGGGCGGUAGUCAUUUAGGCUGGGUACCUUAACGUUCCUGGGCACAGGGACUAUGGUGGUCUGCUUGAAACAUGUAGGUAUUACAGACUCUGUCAGGGACGGGAUGAAAAUGUCAGUGAAGAACCUUGCCAGUUGGUUAGCGCAUGCUCUGGGUAAAAGUCCUGGUAAUCUGUCUGGCCUUGCGAGUAUUGACCUGUUUUAAAAGUCUUACUCCCAUCGGCUACGGAGCGCGUGAUCACACAGUUGUCCGGAACAGCUGGUGCUCUCAUGCAUGCUUCAGCGUUGCUUGCCUCGACGCGCAUAUAAGUCAUUUAGCUUGUUUGGUAGGCUAGUGUCAAUGGGCAGCUCGUGGCUGUGCUUCUCUUUGUAGUCCGUAAUAGUUUGCAAGCCCUGCCAUAUCCGACGAGCAUCAGAUCUUAGUCAUGUAUUGACACUUUGCCUGUUUGAUGGUUCGUCGGAAGACGUAGCAGGAUUUCUUAAGUGUCCAGUUUAGAGUCCCGCUCCUUGAACGUGGCAGCUCUACCCUUUUAGCUCAGUGUGGUUGUUUCCUGUAGUCCAUGGCUUUUGGUUGGGGUAUAUACGUACGGUCACUGUGGGGAAGACUUCAUCGAUUCACUUACUGAUGAAGCCGGUGAUUGAUGUGGUGUACUCUUCAAUGCCAUCGGAUGAAUACCGGAACAUAUUCCAGUCUGUGCUAGCAAAACAGUCCUGAAGCUUAGCAUCUGCAUCAUCUGACCACUUCCGUAUUGAGGGAGUCACUGGUACUUCCUGCUUUAGUUUGCUUAUAAGCAGGAAUCAGGAGGAUAGAAUUAUGGUCAGAUUUUCCAAAUGGAGGGUGUAGAGUGAGUAUAAAAAAAAAUAAACGUCCAAAUUAUUUUUGCCUGCACAUGUCAACCGGAUUUACAUUUUCCUACAUUAAAGUCCCCGGCCACUAGGAGCGCCGCCUCUGGAUUAGCGUUUUCUUGUUUGCCGAUGGCCUUAUACAGCUCGUUGAGUGCGGCCUUAGUGCCAGCAUCGGUUUGUGGCGGUAACAGACAGCUACGAAAAAUAUAGAUGAGAACUCUCAUCUAAAUUGUCUACAGCUUGAGAUACUCAGGUGAGCAAAACCAGGUGAAACCAGCUGUUAUUGACAAAGUGUUUGCAGUUAUAAAGAAACCGUCCAGUGAAAAUCUCACUUUUAAAAGUUAAUAUUAUUUUUAACUCAUACCCAAAUAAUGUUCUUGACUCGUAUACUCCUAUUUGUGGCCAAAGCAUUGGAGAGAAGAAAACACUUAAACCUUAAACUUGUAUCUCAAACAAACAGUUUCAGAAAUGCCAUUUCCUUAGAGGCUGAUGGCAUCCUCCCGAGGAGGAUGAGCUGGACAAUAUGUUUUAUGACCGGUAUACACCCACACCAUUCCAACACAAAAGCUGACUUUUUAACACGCUUAAUUAUCGUUUUUGGAAGAAACUAUUUCACUCAUAGUAAUUUAAUUGUGGAAACUCUGGACAGUUACCUUUUUUAAAGGUCCACUUCAGGCAAACUGUAACUGAUCAAUGCACCGUCAUACCAGGUCAUUUUUAAUGCUUAGACCCCCAAAAAUGUAUGAAUAAGAUAUUUGGAUACAGACUUUCAAUGUCUUACUGUUACUGGCUAGCUUAGCUGACGAACUUGCUACGUUGGUCGCGGCGCGCAUGAUCAGAAUGACGCAUUGAUGAACCGCCAAAGGCACACCCCAUUUACUGUUUGACAAUUGAGAAAGGGGAGGAGUUUAAAGCAAAUUUCCUGCAAUUCUACACAUUUUGUCAUUGCUGAUGUGUUCAUAUGCGGCCCCCGACCUUCAGGGGUUCAACCAAAACAUAUCUUUUAAUUUAUUUUAUUGAAAUAAAUUAUUGGGGGGGAAGGGGGACUCGACCUGUUCUGAAUCCUGGGGGGACAUUCCCCAGUGGCAAGUUCGCCUAUGCUCCAGCUGUCUAAUGCGUCGGGACGAGGCUUACAGGCAGGCAGCUUUUCCAAAUAUAAAUGCGACAUGUAAAGUGUUGGUUUCAUGAGCUGAAAUAAAAGAUCCCAGACAAUUUCCAUACGCACAAAAAGCAUAUUUCUCUCUAAUUUUGCGCACAUUUCUUUACAUCCCUGUUACUGAGAAUUUCUCCUUUGCCAAGAUAAUCCAUUCUCCUGACAGUUGUGGCAUGUCAAGAAGCUGAUUUAAACAGCAUGAUGAAACUGGGUUUGCACAACUGAAGAAUUUCUGCACAAACUGUCAGAAACCGUCUCGGGGAAACUCAUCUGGGUGCUCAUCGUCCUCACCAGGGUCUUGACCUGACUGCAGUUCGGCGUCGUAACCGAAGUCAGUGGGCAAAUGCUCACCUUCGCUGGCCACUGGCACGCUGGAGAUGUGCGCUCUUCAUGGGUGAAAUCCCGGUUUCAACUGUACCAGGCAGAUGGCAGACAGCGUGUAUGGCGUUGUGUGGGUGAGCGGUUUGUUGAGGUCAACGUUGUGAACAGAGUGCCUCAUGGUGGGGUUAUGGUAUGGGCAGGCAUAAAUUGGACAACUAACACAAUUGCAUUUUUUUAUCGAUUGCAAUUUCAGUGCACAGAGAUGCGUGACGAAAUCCUGAGGCCCAUUGUCGUGCCAGUCAUCUGCCACCAUCACCUCAUAUUUCAGAAUAAUAAUGCACGGUCCGGUGUUGCAAAGCUCUGUACACAACUCCUGGAAGCUGAAAAUGUCCCAGUUCUUCCAUGGCCUUCAUACUCACCAGCCACGUCACCCAUUUGAGCAUGUUUGGGAUGCUUUGGAUCGACGUGUACGACAGCGUGUUCCAGUUCCCGCCAAUAUCCAGCAACUUCGAACAGCCAUUGAAGAGGAGUGGGACAACAUUCCACAGGCCACAAUCAACAGCCUGAUUUAACUCUAUGAAAAGGAGAUGUCGCGCUGCAUGAGGGGCAAAUGGUGGUCACACCAGAUACUGACUGGUUUUCUGAUCCACGGCCCUACCUUUUUUUUUAAGGUAUCAUUGACCAACAGAUGCAUUUCUGUAUUCCCAGUCAUGUGAAAUCCAUAGAUUAGGGCCUAAUAAUUUAUUUCAAUUGACUGAUUUCCUUAUAUGAACUGUAACUCCGUAACAUUGUUGUGUUUUUGUUCAGUGUGUGUAUGUAUACAUACAAUCACACACAGAGAUGUCAAUGGAAAAACACGAAAUUCAGCUAGUUUUCAUUCCAGCUUUAGUUUGAAGUGAUUGUGUUGGGUGUGUAGUUGGCUAGCUCCUCUGAACAGUAUCCUGGCAAGAGCGCAAUUGCUCUAUACCAGGCGAAAUCGCACAUCAGCUCAUUGUUAUGGAUGUAUCCCCCCCAACAAUACCUAAACAGCUUAAACAAAUGGAAAGUCAGCUACUUUGCUGUUAUUCUGGUUGCACUGUUUGACGUGACUGUUAGCCGAAGUUUGCUGGCUAGAGAGCAAGGGAUAAGAAUGUUGCCAACCGUCAUGGCAACGGAACAUUUAGAACGAACGCCUGGGUCACGUCCAUAGAUUCUAAAACAAAAAUACUUGGCGUGUCUCUGGCAAGCGAACCGAUAGAACGAACGAUCAGCCGGCUAGGGUAGCAACCCUAGAUUUGGUUCGGGACUACAGUACCAGUCAAGUUUGGACACACCUUCUCAUUCAAGGGUUUUUCUUUAUUUUUACUAUUUUCUACAUUUGUAGAAUAAUAGUGAAGACAUCAAAACUAUGAAAUAACACAUGGAAUCAUGUAGUAACCAAAAAAGUGUUAAACAAAUCAAAAUAUAUUUGAGAUUCUUCAAAUAGUCACCCUUUGCCUUGACAGCUUUGUACACGCUUAGCAUUCUCUCAACCAGCUUCAUGAGGUAGUCACCUGGAGUGCAUUUCAAUUAACAAGUUCAUUUGUGGAAUUUCUUUCCUUCUUAAUGCGUUUGAGCCAAUCAGUUGUGUUGUGACAAGGUAGGGGGGGUAUACAGAAGAUAGCCCUAUUUGGUAAAAUACCAAGUCCAUAUUAUGUAAAGAACAGCUCAAAUAAGCAAAGAGAAAUGACAGUCCAUCACUUUAAGAUAUGAAGUGAAUCUGGAACAUUUCAAGAACUUUGACAGUUUCUUCAGGUGCAGUCGCAAAAACCAUCAAGCGCUAUGAUGAAACUGGCUCUCGUGAGGACAGUCACAGGAAAGGAAGACUCAGCAUUACCUCUGCUGUGGAGGGUAAGUUCAUUAGUUUCCAACCUCAGAAAUUGCAGGCCAAAUAAAUGCUUCACAGAGUUCAAGUAAGACACAUCGCAACAUCAACUGUUUAGAGGAGACUGCGUGAAUCAGGCCUUCAUGGUCGAAUUGCUGCAAAGAAACCUCUACUAAGGGACACAAUCAGAAGACGAGACAUGCUUGGGCUAAGAAACACGAGCAAUGGACAUUAGACUGGUGGAAAUCUGUCCCUUGGUCUGAGUCCAAAUUUUGGGUUCCAACUGCUGUGUCUUUGUGAGACGCAGAGUAGGUGAACGGAUGAUCUCUGCAUGUGUACUUCCCACGGUGAAGCAUGGGGGGGGGGCUUUGCUGGUGACAAGGUCUGUGAUUUAUUUAGAAUUCAAGGCACACUUAACCAGCAUGGCUACUGCGGCGAUACGCCAUCCCAUUUGGUUUGGACUUAGAGGGACGAUCAUUUGCUUUUCAACAGGACAAUGACCCAACACACCUCCAGGCUGUGUAAGGGCUAUUUUACCAAGAAGGAGUGAUGGAGUGCUGCAUCAGAUGACCUGUCCUCCACAAUCAUACGACCACAACCCAAUUGAGAUGGUUUGGGAUGAGAUGGUUUGGGAUGAGUCGGACCGCAGAGUGACGGAAAAUCAGCCAACAAGUGCUCAGCAUAUGUGGGAACUCCUUCAAGACUGUUGGAAAAGCAUUCCUCAUGAAGCUGGUUGAGAGAAUGCCAAGAGUGUGCAAAGCUGUCAAGGCAAAGGGUGGCUACUUGAAAAUUCUAAAAUUAUAUUUUGAUUUGUUUAACACUUUUUUUGGUUACUACAUGAUUCCAUAUGUGUUAUUUCAUAGUGUUGAUGCCUUCACUAUUAUUCUACAAUGUAGAAAAUAGUUAAAAUAAAAAUUUUUAGUGAGUAGGCGUCAACUUUCGACUGGUACUGUAUAUCUCGUGGAAGGAUGUAAUGGUAUGAAUAUGUUCAAGUAACAAAAAAAAAAAAAAAGUCUAUCAUUAUUUGAAAAUGUUGGUGACCUGUUGCAUAAAAGUGAUGCCCUCUAAGCAGGUGUCUGGAGGAUAUUGGCACGGUUUCUCUACUUCGUCUCAGGCGUAACACCUGUGCCAAUAUCCUCCAGACACCAAUUUCUCGGGCAUUAUCACUUGAAUAUAACGCACCUUAUCAGUACUUUUACCAGUAGCCAAGCUAUAUCUCUGAACCUCUUAUUUGUAUGACCCAUUCACAUCUUGCAGUCAUAAAGCUACUGUAUAUCUCCUGUUUUAUGCCUCUGCCCUGUGAUAUCUAUUUGUCCUGCUGCGUUUGUCCCGCCCUAGGCAUCCAUUACCAGAUGAAGAUGCACGUGUUCAACAGAAAGCAGGCUGACGAUGCUGACCCGACCUUCCACGUCAAGCUGUAUGGCGCUCACGAUGACACCGAUGACCUGCAUGUAGACAUGUGAGUACUGCUGUACUCAGUGGCAGGUAGCUUAGCGGUUUUGGGCCUGAUUCAGACUUAGGAAAUAUAUAUACGGCUUUCCUACGCACUUAGUGAUUUGGUAUUCAGACUUGCCUUAUGCAUGUUUUGUAAUAGGCUUUUCAGGCGUGGUUCCCGGUUUCACGCACUGAAUAAAUGUUUAAUUCAACCGCUGAACACCAUCACGCUUGCUGGCGAACAAAUGUUCUAUGUGUCUUCAUUCAAUAGAGUUUUUCAGUAUAUUUAUCUAAUGCCUUUUAAAUACGGCGUUAUUUUUUUUAAAAAUUAGAAUUGCCGACAGGCUCGCUAGAAUACAUGGAGAAAACGGGUUCAGAAUAUAGGGAUCAGUGAAAGAAAGCAUCUAAAUAUAUGCAUAUAUGUUGGUUUCAGCACCAACUGGUAGAUUUUAAAAUACUCAGUAGAUCGUUUUGGGUUAGAAACAUGUGUGAAUCAUAAGAAAUAAUAAACAGGUUUGGGGAGCCUUUACACACCAAAAUAGUGGUUUGAUUCAUCCUGAAAGUUGUCAUAUUCAGGUACAAUCUAUGAAAUAUUGGAAGAUGAGAAGUGUACAAUAGGGGUUGACCAGUAGUCCUAAUAAUCCUCACUAAUCAUGGAACUGUAUUGAUGGCGUCGUGAAACUUGCUCCAGGUUUAAACUGCUGUGUGUGUGUGUGUGUGGUCUGAGUUCAUAAUGAUUAAAAUGGGUUAUAUGUCCCAAAUUAUUGCACAACUUGUAAAACAUUAGCCUAAUAUGAUCCACUAAUGCUAGCGACCCUCGGGAACAACCACACUGACGUGACGGAGGAAACAAGGGUGAAUGGAAUUACGCAAAAUGAAGGCUUCAAGUUGAAGGACACUAACACUAACGUGACAGUUUAUAAAUGUAUGUGGGUAUUACUUACGGUGGCUGUCGCUAGUGGCUAAUAUUUAACACGAUAGAAAUUGUAAAAUAAAACCAUGUGUUUGAUACCAUUCUGCUCCAGCCAUCACCACGAGCCCAUCCUCCCCAAUUAAGGGACCACCAACCUCCUGUGAUUCACAAUUCCCUUCUCCAAAUGGAUUACUAAUUGGCCUAGCUCUUAUCAAUGUAUAAAUUACAGUGCAUGGAGAAUUAUAUUUUUAUCUGGGGGUGGGGGGGGUAAAUUAUUUUUCCACUUGGAACAGGCAGUUUCGCUUGACCUUAUUCAUGGUUUCCUCGUGCUCAAAGGUUGUGGAAUUAUGAGGGAAUGAAGUCAAGGUCAGAACAUGGUGUAUCUAGGCCUCCCGAGUGGCGCCGCGAUUUAAGGCACUGCAUCGCAGUGCUAAAGGCGUCACUACAGAUCCGGAUUCGUUCCCAGGGUUGUGUUGCAGCCGGCCGCGACCGGGAGACCAUGAGGCGGCGCACAAUUGGCCCAGCGUUGUCCUGGUUAGGGGAGGGUUUGGCCGGCUGGGAUGUACUUGUCCCAUCGCACUCUAGCGUCUCCUUGUGGCGGCCGGGUUCUGGGUUAAGCGAGCAGUGUGUCAAGAAGCCGUGCGGGUUGGCGUGGUCGUGUUUCGGAGGACGCAUGGCUCUCAACCUUCGUCUCCCGGGUCAAUACGGGAGUUGCAGCGAUGGGACAAGACUGUAACUACCAAUAGGAUAUCACGAAAAAGGGGUAAAAAAUUAAUAAAAAGGUGGUGUAUCUGUAGACACCACCUUCAUUUAUUCGAUCUCCACCGCAAACGAAUAGCAGGUGAAUAUCAUGCUUAAGUUCAAGGUCAGAAUAAGCAUAGAGAGAAGGGUGCAUAGAAAGGGAAUUGCAUUCCAUUUAAGAGUGGUUUUUUAAUUCGGGUCGGAAUUCCCCCCCCCUUUAGAGCGUUGGGCCAGUAACCGAAAGGUCUUCAAAUACCCGAGCCGACAAGGUGAAAAAUCUGUGCCCUUGCGCAAGGCACUUAACCCAAGUUGCUCCAGGAUCGCUGUUGAUAAUGGCUGAUCCUGGUCGUGACCCUUUGGGGUAUGCAAAAAAACACAUUUCCAAUUCACACUGGCAUAUAAAACACACACUUAAAUUAUGUAUACGUGUGAAAUGGGGCAAAUAAAAACACCUUUUUAUUAUUACUGCACAAAAGUGUAAUGGCAAAUAAGUGAAUACUAUUUUACUGUAUCUAGACGAUGACCUGUGAUUGACCCUUUUUGUGGCCCUCUCCUCUCCCCCUCCAGUCCAAACAAAGUGGGUCUGAACCUAACCAACACCUUCCUGGUCUUCACCGAGGACGACAUCGGGGACCUGCUGAAGAUUCGUCUGAGCUGGGAGGGGGUGACCGAGUCCCUAGGGUCCUUCUGGAAGAACAUAAAGAAGUCCUUCUGGUCCUGGAACAGCAACAGCACGACCACCAACCAGGUGCUGGAGGUCCGCAGGAUCCGUGUCAAGUGUGGAGAAACGCAGAAGAAGUACGUUUUUCAUAUGCCGUUCAAUGAGUGGUCGGUUCCAUAGAAUUACUAGAAUGGAAAAGGAGUUCAGAAUAGGGAUUUCGUUCUAGUAAUUGUAUUUCUAUGGUUGGUUCGCCAAGCAGAGUCGGCCAUCUUUUGAUUUGAUAAUACACUCAAUCAAAACGACCUUUCUUUAUAAAUCAGGAAAUGGAGUAAUUUUAGUUUUGAAUCAACUGCAUCUUGCCGUUUUAACAUUCAGUGUAUUUUCACUUUGAACUGGGAUUUGGUUGUUUUGUAUCUUAAGUCUGCUGCUCUAUUAUGUUGUCUUUUUGUAUUGACCUGUUUCCUUGUUUCAUUUCCUUGUUUGUGCUUGUGUAGGUUCACAUUCUGUGCCCAGGACCCCUCAGUGACUGAGAUCUCUCCAGGACAGGUUAUCACGUACGUCAAGUGUCGUGAUGGCUGGGAGGUCAAACCCAGUAGAAAAAGGUACAGCCCAUUCACUUAGUGUUGAGUUCCCUAACGGUGUCUCCUUAGAUACAUCACUUUAAACCAUUUAGACAAGGUCCUGAGAUUAAUGUGUACAUGUCUAAUCAAUCCAGUAUAUUGACAGGUCCUCUUGCUUUGAUUGACAGAUUGCACAACUUAUAAGGAUUCAACAAUCAACGCACCAACACCAUGGGGACCCAAAGGCGGAAGGAAUGUCGGUAAGCAGCGCCUUUUCUUCGUCUGAGCACUUUGAUUGGAAGAGUGAUGAGCACACGGUGAGAGGCCUUGGACUUGGGAUGCACCUGGAUGUUUACUGGUGGCCUCUUGGCUCUAGCCAAUGGGACUUCCAAGUGCUGGCUGUGGGGGCGGGCCUUGGUGUGCUGUCUGUCGGGACUGUCUUGAGAAUUCCCGGAGCGUUUCUUUGUGCGGACGGACUGUUCAACUCAAAAUAAACGGGUGUGUUAUCCAUCGGACAUUCCCCCAACAAAACUAGUCUCUUUUUACUGUAUAUUUGUAUUAACUUAUGAAGUGGAAGCACUGCGGGAACAUAGUUUAUUUAUCAAUCCCAAGCACACCCUGUACUGAAUGAAGCACAUUGUUUUGAAUAAUUUCUUCUGAGAUGCAGUAUUUGUGUGGUUGAGUGAAUAUCUUGUGAAUGUGUCUGCGUGCGUGCACAUUGUGUGUGUGUGCGUGGCUUUGGGCAGAGCAGUGGGAGAUGAAUGUGUAAACCCUGAUGUGUAACUGAAGGAGGUGACUGUGCUACAUGCACUAUGAUCUUUCACUGUGUUUGUAGGGUUUCAAAAUUUCCCAGGUUCUCCAGAAAUCCUGGUUGAAGGAUUGCGGAUUUGAUAGUUAGUCCCUUCGGUGUCCGGUAAUCUGCCAACCGGGAUUUCUGAAAAACCUGGGAAUUUUGGGGGAAAAUGUAACAGAAUUUUGCAAUCCUGCUUCUGUGCAAUGUGUUGCUAUUAUUGUUAUUUCUAACAGAUAUCUGUAUGUAUAUAAUGUACAAUGUAAAUGUUUUUUUGAAAAACAAAACAAUCUCUAAUGAUUCCAUUUUGGUAUUUAUUUUUCUUUGGCUGGAUGACCAAGGUGCAUGGCCCAAAAGGCUGUUCCUUUUGGCUCAUCCUCAAAGUAUAGAAUAGUUGAAAUUACCGCAGAAGGUACUCACAUUUUGAUGUCAAAGGGUUUUACUAACCGGUUAGCUUACUACUUUAAACACUUAUGUUGAGCUAAUUGUUAUGGCCAGAAAUCUGACCAUUCCCAGAUGCUCAGUGAGCACGACGCUGAAAAGACACAUUUUCAACCAAAAAGAGGUUUCAAGCAGAUGGUCAAGGUACUGCCUUCCCCUUAUCUAGAAGUACUGUUGCCACGGAUUCAGAUUCCUUGGUUUGAGGGUGCUACUUUAGUAAGUUGUGUUACAGUGCCUAGGAGUUUGGCCUCAUUUUGACAGUGGAAAUUCACCAAUCUAACUCUAGCAGAACAUAGCCCAUGGUGUGAUCCUGGGAGUAAUCUGAGGGGAAUGUAAUAAACAUUCCAGAGUUGUUUUUUGCAUGACCCACAUCCGCCAAAAAGUCCCUGUUGGUAGCAUGGUUAGAGUAGGCCACUCCCAUAUCUCUCGUUCCCUGUUGGGACACAUGGCGCUGCUAGAGUAGGACACGACUCUUUCCAAAUUCCUCUUCUCCAAUCCAGUUUGAGAAGGUGGCAGGGGAUGGGAGGAAACCAGUAAAGAUGAAUGAAGAAAUGACUUCGGUCUAG